AUGGGCCCCAAGGGCAAGAAGGGCCAAGCCGCUGACAAGGCGAAGUCCGGCGAGGUCGAGCGCGAGGACCCACUCCAGGCCGUUAUACUCGCAGAUCCCUUUGAGACGAGAUUCAACCCUUUCACGCUCGAGCGCCCACGAUGUUUACUACCCCUCGCGAAUACCCCACUCAUCGAAUACACGUUUGAAUUUCUGGCUAACGCGGGCGUCGAGGAGGUCUUUGUGUAUUGCGGGGCACAUACCGACUUAGUCGACGACUAUGUCCAGCGCUCAAAAUGGUCGUCCCUGUCUUCUCCGUUCUCGAAAAUCAACACCAUACACUCGACCGCACAAUCUAUAGGAGAUGCUAUGCGGGACCUGGACAAGAAGGGCAUAUUGACCGGCGACUUUCUCUUGGUGUACGGAGAUGUGGUCAGCAACCUGCCCCUCGAAUCUGCCUUAGCCGCACAUCGAGCACGUCGUGCUGCGAACAAGGAUGCCAUCAUGACAAUGGUGCUUAGAGAGGCUGGCACAACACACAGGACUAAGGCUCAGGGCACAUGUCCCGUCUUCGUCAUCGACCCCAGGAAGGACCGGUGUCUACACUUUGAGCAGAUGCCAAACCGGGAACACAACAAAUUUCUCUCGAUUGAUCCGGGGCUGUUAUCGAGCUAUCAGGAGCUGGAUGUCAGGCAGGAUCUGAUUGAUUGCGGGAUUGACAUCUGCACUCCGGAUGUCCUGGCGCUGUGGAGUGACAACUUCGAUUUCCAGGCCCCACGAAAGGGAUUCCUACACAGUGUGCUCAAGGACUACGACCUCAACGGCAAGACUAUCCAUACGCAUAUCGUUACCGAUCAUUACGCUGCACGUGUGCGGAAUUUGCAUGCCUACGACUCGAUCAGUAAAGACAUUGUCUCGAGAUGGGCAUAUCCGCUUUGCCCAGACAGCAACUUGCUCCGAGGCCAGUCGUACCGGUUGCAAAAAGGAAAUAUCUACAAAGAGCAGGGUGUCAUAUUGGCGCGAUCUUGCAUUAUCAAUCGCAAAACAGUGAUCGGACGUGAUACCAGCGUCGGCGAAGGGAGCGUGAUUUCCAACAGCAUCAUAGGAAGAGGAUGUGUCAUUGGCCGGAAUGUUGCCAUUGACGGGGCAUAUAUCUGGGACAAUACAAGGAUCGGGGAUGGGUCCUCAGUUAAAAGAGCGAUAUUAGCCAGUGAAGUAUCUGUUGGAAGGACAUGCAAGGUCGAGCCCGGCGCAUUAAUCUCGUACGGGGUUACUAUUUCCGACGGAAUGACGAUUGGAGGCGAUCACCGAAUCACGCGGGCUAAGAGGAGGCGCGAAAAGAAUGAAGACGUUGAACGAGGAGAGCCUAAUAUUGCCAUAGUAGGCCAGGGCGGCGAUGGCUUCGAAUACUUGGACGAUGAGGAGGAAGACGAAGACGAAGUGGUGGAGGGGCUUACGCCCACGGGACUCAUCUACAAUCUGUCAAGCCUGGCGCUGUCAACAGACUCAAUUUCUACACUAAACUCAAACUCAGAAUCAGACAUCAGCCAAGAGUACACCCAACGGUCCGCCAGCGGAAGCUUCGUGUCGAUAGAUUCGGUAGAAAGCGAAUCCGGCCACGCGAAGCAUUUCGAUCACGACGCCGCAUCGAGCAUCUACGACUCGUUGGAAGCAGGCCACGAGUCUGCAAACAUCCAACUCGAACUGACAUCGCUCCGUAUGAGCUUAAACGCCUCGGAGCACCAAGUCCGCCGCGCGGUAGCAGUCGCGUUCGUCAAGCGGGUCAGCCAAGUCAUCAAGUCAGGCGUCGAAGCGAAGCAGGCAGUCGCGCAGGUGUUUGAUCCGCACAAAUCGCUGCUGAAGCGGAUCUCGUUCGAUAAGGAAGAGGCGGCUAAGGUCGACCAGGUCGACUUCUUACUUCUGCUACAGAAGGAACUGGCCAGCCGCGAGAAGGGAGAUAUCAUCCUGUUACAAGCGUCGAUGAAGCUGUAUCAGAUGGACGUUCUUCAACCGGAGGCGGUUGAGCAGUGGUGGGCAGAUGCGAAGGCGACUGGGACGGAGGCGUUAGUGAAUGUGAGGCAGAAGACGCAGCCAUUUAUCGAGUUCUUGGAGAACCAAUCAGAGGAAGAUUCGGAGGGGGAGAGCGAGGAGGAGAGUGAAUUGGAGUAGGUCACUGGUGGUUGGAUAGGAAGAAAAGCUCUCAGGGUCUGCCAUGCACGUUUCCGGAAGUAGUCGUGCGGUGAAUGCGUUGUGCCGAUGACAAAGAAGAAGCACCCAACGACUCCGUACAGAGUAGAAUGCCCUGCCGGACCAUAAGGGACGAGAUGGAAGCCUAAAAUUAGUCACUAAGGAUUUAUCUAGUUAAGGACGACGUUAGGCACCGACCAAAGGCGGUGGCCUCACACGCUUUUGGGUGAAGCUGCGGGAGGUUCCGGAGCUGGAACUUGUCGCACUACAUCUUCGCUGUGUCUCAAACACCCAAUACGCC